GCCCAGUGUCAGGAUAUAGUUCCAACCAUAGGAUUCAGCAUAGAGAAAUUCAAGUCCUCCAGUUUGUCUUUUACAGUGUUUGACAUGUCAGGGCAAGGAAGGUACAGGAAUCUUUGGGAACACUAUUAUAAAGAUGGACAAGCCAUUAUUUUUGUCAUUGAUAGUAGUGAUAAAUUAAGGAUGGUUGUGGCCAAAGAAGAACUUGAUACUCUUCUAAAUCACCCAGAUAUUAAGCACCGCCGGAUUCCAAUCUUGUUCUUUGCGAAUAAAAUGGAUCUCAGAGACGCAGUGACAUCUGUGAAGGUGUCUCAGUUGCUGUGCUUAGAGAACAUCAAAGACAAGCCGUGGCAUAUUUGUGCGAGUGAUGCCAUCAAAGGAGAAGGACUACAGGAAGGUGUGGACUGGCUUCAAGGUACACCGCACGCUGCUGUGCCUCUGUAGCCUCUUUCUUUGUCAUUCAUUUCAUUUUUAUAUUUUAAUUUUAUUACAUCAAUGCCUCCUUCUUGUUUUUUAUUUCUGCUGUCAGAAAAAACAAUACAGUAAGUACCUGA